UGGAGCACCUUACGUCUGCUGAGCUCACCCCAUUUAUCCAUUCCUGGGCUUCUCUUAAGAAUAUUUGUAUCUCAUACAGCAAGCAGGGAGGGCAGAGAGAAGAACCAGGUCUCUCAUAGCCUGAUUGUUCUCCCACCCCAAUCCCCAAGAUGUCUUGUGACCCUGCCCUCAUCAGUGUCAGGCCUGGAGAGGAUCCUGAGAGUGGCGGCUUCUCGGAGGAAAGUGGCGGUGGGGGUGAUGGCAGUAGUGUCCUGGGAGAGGACAGCCCGGUCACAGGGCCACUGGGCACAGUGCUGCUGCUCAUGUGCCUCAUUGGGAUGGUCGGGAACAUCUACACGGUGCUGGUGGCCUCUGGCAGGGUGGCGGGCCGCUCAGCGGGCUCCCUGGGGGUCUACGUGAUCAACCUUGCCCUGGCCGACCUCCUGUACCUCUCCACCAUCCCCUUCGUGGUCUGCACCUACUUUGCCCAUGACUGGUUCUUCGGGGAUGCGGGCUGUAGGAUUUUGCUCAGCCUGGACCUCCUUACCAUGCAUGCCAGCAUCUUUCUUCUGACUGCCAUGAGCCUGGAGAGGUACUGGGCAGUGACCAGGCCGCUGCGGGCCAGGCGGGCCGGCAAUGCUUACCGCAAGUUGGCCAGCGCCAUCCUCUGGCUCCUUGCGCUCCUGCUUACAGCUCCCAUGAUGGCGAUGACCCAACUGCGGGAGGGGGAUGGCCCCCACAAGCGCAUCUGCGUCCCCACCUGGACACCGGCAGCCUUCCGUCUCUACCUGACAGUGCUCUUCGCCACCAGCGUCCUGGUGCCUGGCAUGGUGCUGGGCAUCGUCUACACCCGCCUGGCCCGGGCGUACCGCUCCUCCGCCUGGCCCUUGGGGCUGCCAGCGGCUGGCCGGGCUCCCACCCGGCGUCUCUCCUCCAGGAUCUCCGCCAUCGUGGUGGCCUACUGGGCCUGCUUCCUCCCCUUCUGGGGCUGGCAGCUGGCUGGGCUGUACUGGGGUGAGGGCAUGGGCAUUGGCCCCACUGCCCAGGCCUACCUCAACUUUGGUGUCACCUGCCUGGCCUAUGGCAACAGCUGCGUUAACCCCUUCCUCUACACCCUGCUGGCCAGCAGCUACCGCCGGCACCCUGGCCGCAGCGGGUCAGGGGUGGCAUGGCCCCAGGCACCCUCCCUGGAUGUCACAGGAGGCCACAGCAUCCCUGUGGCUUCUGGGGAAAUGUUGGGGUCCAUGGGGGAAAGUGUGGGAAGCCCCAGACCUUGA